AUGGAUAUCGAUAUGGAUGAUGUACCCAUGCAAGAUGCAGAAUUGACGCCUACUAUUAAUGAAGAGACUUCUAUUAAUGAUCAUGACGAUUUCCAAGACAUUGAAUUCAAACCAGGUUCUUCAGGCAUAGCGGAUAAUAAAUCAAAUAAACCGUUAGAGUUGAAUUCAACAAAUAUAAAUCAACUGGAUGCAUGGAUCGAACAUUUAGGUAAAUGUGAAAUCUUAUCUGAAGAUGAUGUCGCAAGACUAUGUAAAAUGGCCGUCGAUGUAUUACAGUUCGAAGAAAAUGUACAGCCUGUCAAUGUUCCCGUGACCAUAUGUGGUGACGUUCACGGUCAGUUUCAUGAUUUAAUCGAAUUGUUCAAAAUUGGUGGACCUUGUCCCGAUACAAAUUACCUUUUCAUGGGGGAUUACGUCGAUAGAGGUUAUUACUCCGUGGAAACAGUUUCAUAUCUGGUGGCAAUGAAAGUCAGGUACCCAAGUAGAAUCACAAUACUGAGAGGUAAUCAUGAAUCGAGACAAAUUACUCAAGUUUAUGGAUUUUAUGAUGAAUGUUUGAGAAAAUAUGGCAGUGCAAACGUUUGGAAAAUGUUUACAGAUUUAUUCGAUUAUUUUCCAAUCACUGCAUUGGUAGAUAAUAAAAUCUUCUGUCUGCAUGGUGGGUUGUCUCCAAUGAUUGAAACUAUCGAUCAAGUUAGGGAAUUAAAUAGAAUACAAGAGGUUCCUCAUGAAGGUCCCAUGUGUGACUUACUGUGGUCAGAUCCAGAUGAUAGAGGCGGAUGGGGUAUAAGUCCAAGAGGUGCAGGUUUCACUUUUGGACAAGAUAUUAGUGAACAAUUCAAUCAUACUAACGAUCUUUCCUUAGUAGCCAGAGCUCAUCAACUCGUAAUGGAAGGUUACGCAUGGUCUCAUCAACAAAAUGUAGUCACCAUAUUCAGUGCUCCAAAUUAUUGUUAUAGGUGUGGUAAUCAAGCUGCAAUAAUGGAAGUUGACGAAAAUAAUAAUAGACAAUUCUUACAAUAUGAUCCUUCCGUUAGACCUGGCGAACCAACUGUAAGUAGAAAAACCCCUGAUUACUUCUUAUAA